CACCGCACAAGGCACACCGGGUCGCCCGUGCCCUAAACCCAGCGACUCUUUCUCCCGUGCGACGACUGCGGCGUUUCCUCGGCGAUCGGCUGUCUUCCUCCCCAUCGGCGAACUGCGGACGCAACGGCGGUGUCGUCCUCCGCUGAGUUCCUGUCGCUGCGGCGUUUUCCUCUCCAUCGGCGAAACAGCGUCUCCGCCCCCCCGUUUUGAGGAGCCAAAAGGUUUCAAGAAGAUGCCAUGGACAAGUGCAUUGGAGUGCCCUGAAUGCCCACCUUUGAGAGCCUUGACGACUGACGUGCUCGGUCUUGUAAAAGUUGUCGAAGCUCAUGGAAAGACUGGAAUUCCAAAGGUGGUAGAAACAUGGGGGCAGCCAAAUGCUUCAUCUUGUGUCCUUGCUGCUUCUUAUUCUGAUCACAAAUCUGAUCUGCUUUUGGCUGUUGCUCGCAAGAAUGGUUUGGUUCAGUGUCUAAAUCCUAUUAAUGGAGAGGCUUUGGGCAUCACUAAGAUCGAUCAACCCUUAUCACUGAAUGGCUCUCUUAAUGAUGAUCAUGUUGUUGGAUUGCAUCUCUUCAAAACUAAAGGAAUCGAUGUUCCAUCAAGGUCAGUUUCAUUACUUACCUGUCUGGAAAAGGGUAAUGCUUGCUUGAGGUCCAUUCCCGUCAGUGAUGCGCCAGAAAACUCAACUACUGCUUCUCAUAUUACAUGGAAUGUAUGCUCUUCUGGUAAAAUAAUAUGUUCUUCAGUGGAUAAAAGUGAGAAUUAUGCCUUAUUUGGAGGGAAGGGCAUUGAAUUGAACAUGUGGGAUCUUGGAAAAUGCAGUAAGAUCUGGAGUGCAAAAUCUCCUCCUUCUAAUAGACUUGGUAUAUUCUCUCCAACUUGGUUUACUGCUGCAACUUUUCUGAGUGAAGAUGACCAUAGAAAAGUUGUGGCUGGCACGAUCAAUCAUCAGGUUCGUCUUUAUGACACUUCAGCACAGAGGAGACCUAUAAUUUCAGUCGACUUUAGAGAAUCUCCAAUUAAAGCAGUUUGUGAAGAUCUAGAUGGCUAUACAGUCUAUAUAGGCAAUGGUUCUGGGGAUCUUGCUUCAUUUGAUAUGAGAACAGGAAAACUGAUGGGAUGCUUUAUUGGUAAGUGCUCUGGAAGCAUCAGAUCUAUAGCGAGACAUCCAGAACUUCCCGUGAUAGCAUCUUGUGGAUUGGACAGCUCUUUGCGUGUGUGGGAUGCAAAGACGAGACAACUUCUAUCUGCGGUUUUCCUCAAGCAACAUCUAACAAAUGUGGUGAUCGAUUCAAAUUUCUCAGACGAAGGUGAAAGCUAAUGAAGGGGAGGGCUCGGAACUGCUUCGUAGUGCAUCUGACAGCAGUAGCAGUGGGCAUGCGGAAUCACUCGCUGCAACUCUUGCAGAACAUCGCCAACAUUUAGUUUGCAUACAGGUCUAGUGAUACCAGGAUAACACUAAUCAUUUACGGGCUAGUCCUCCCUGUAAAAUUUCAGACCUUUAUCCCUUUACUUUUAUGAUAAUCCUUUUACUAAUUCAUGGGCAAUUCUAUUUUUCA